CUGUAUCGUCUAAUUGAGAGUUUUUUCCUAUGUCAACUUUAUUUAAUUUAUUAUGUUCUUUCGUUCUUUCUACUUUAUGUUGUAGGUGUGGCCUUUCGUCUCUUAUCUCAUGUGUUGUGUAUAUGUGUGUUGUCACUAGGUAAUGUUUACACCUACAUAUCCCAAUUUCCUCUGUACGAUAAUCAUGUCUAUUUCAUCACUACCGGUGCUGGUCAAUAUUCCCUACCAGUUCUUAACACCAAUUGAUUAGUCGAAGAUCAAAGCCAAGUGUUAACUUUUCCAUCCGCGACAUACUCAGGUUAAUUGAGUAAUGAAGAUUUGACGUUCCCUUCCAAGUAUAACGCUUUCCCAGAGGACAAGUACUCAUGCCUCUCAUCAGAAGCCCUCUUGAAUGUUUGAUCUUUAAUAAGUCAUCAUAUGGGGUUAUCAUCAUAUCAACUCAACGAUACAAAGGUAAAGGUAUCAACAAAUUCUCAAGGUAGUAAAAAUCUACCACCAUGUUUAGUUAAAUAUGACUCUGAUGUCUACCUCAAAAGACUUUGUUUUGCUAUGAUGUUCGCACAAGCGAAUGGGUUAGUGUUCUCAAGCAAACUAAAAGGUGGUGAUUAUAUAUUCACUUGGGAUGGGGAUAUUGGAUUGGAGAAUUUUGAUGCUGAAGGUAAAUGUUUUAAAAUGUUGUACUUUUUUGUAACUGAAAAGUAAUUAAUUUUAAGAUUUUGUAGCCUUUGAUACAUAUAUAUAAGCUUGUUUAAGGAUCACAUAUUAUAAAUUCCCCGACCAAGUUUAUCAGCUAGUAGUGGACUAAUAUGGCAAAUGAUAAGGAAACGAGAUGAUUGCGAACUACACAAAGAAGCGAGGAAAGGGAUGGGUGGUGCAUCAAUCCAUAUUUGUCACCUUGUGCAGUGAAUGCAUGGGUUUGUGUUUGGCAUAUGAUCUGAUACGAAUGAAGACUUGGUCUAUGGAUGGGGUCCGGACUUUGCUCUUAGGAGAUGCACUGACUGUUGAGCUUACUCACGAAAAGAUAAGAGUUGUAGAUGGUCAAUAGAUUGUUCAUCAAAUGGUUGCUUCACUCGGGAACCAGGUGAUUCUUUUUCUCAAAAUCCCGUUUAGCAAAAUAACAAGGUAGUUUAUAUCGUAUUUUAUCAAUUAGUUUAAAGCAACAUAAUUUUUUUCUGGUCUACACAUGUCGUAUCUUAGUUGAGUUUGAGUUAUUUAUAACAAAUCCAUGAUUAUUACAAUAUCAAAGAAGAAACAAUCCAAGACCUGCCAACCACGCCAACUUACAUGAACCAUGUGAUAUGCAAAGAUAUCCUUCAAGAAGCAAAAAAAAAAAAAGACGCAACCAUGAAGGACAUGUUAGCUACCAUCCAAGAAAUCAUAUGCUUCAAUCCACUUUCGUCUAUAUAUCUUUUGCUUCUAAGAACUAUGUAUCUUUUGCCACAUAUCCAUUCAAUCCAUUUUAGUCA